UUACAAGUGCGCCUAUUUUGAAACUUUGGAUUACUUUCGACAUCUAGAAAGUGGAAUUCCUAAAUUCUACUUAAUGUUUAAAAGUUUGCUGAGAAAUGGAGUUUGCAAUACCAACAUGUAAAGAUGAACUGCUGAGCAGAAGAGAUGCCAGGCAUUAUGUGGUUGAAGACUUGUUCACGGUUAGGCAAAUAGUGCCAGCAGUUCAAGCAUUUAAAUCUGCCUGCCAUGGAAACCCUAAUUGCAUUGUUGAACAUUUUGAUACACUUUUUAGUGUACUUUGUUUGCUAAAAGAUGUGGAUACAAUAAUAAAAGAAGACACAUGGGUUCAUCUACUCAAAGGGUGUAAAACAUUUUGUCGGAGUCUUUCAUCUUUCCUCGAUCAGUCUGACAUCAGCAGAGAGGAACGUGUGAGAAACUUGAAUGCACUAAAGAUGGCCUGCUACUUACUCUGUCAGUUUAUGGAAGCAUUUGAUGGUGAAGCUACGCAACCCAGUACCGUUGUUGUUGGAAAAGGUCGAGGGAAGAAAGCCAAGCCUGUAGCCAGCAACAUGAAUAUGGAUUGGGACUCUGAGAAGCUGCAUGGUGUUGAGGUGCUACUCUCCUUCAUCGAACUAUCUCUUAACAAACUCUGGGAUCCACCUGUUGCAGAAGAAGAAUUUGUAAGUUUAGUUAGUACUUGCUGCUACAAGCUGCUGGAGAACCCAUCUGUGACUAAGCUGAAGGAUGUCAUCACAGUUAUAGCUCACAUCCUGGGGAAUCUGGUCAAACGCUACAAUCAUGGACUGAGUGCAAGUGUAAAGAUUGAUCAACUUCUGAAACAUUUUGAGUUUUUAACGCCUUCACUUGUACAGAUUGUAGAGGUAAUGGUCACUAAACAUGGAUGCAAGUCCAUUAUCACAGAAAUUCUCAGAGAAAUAGGUAACUCCGACACAAAAGAGGCAGCAAAAGACACAACUGCAGCUAAAGCAUAUGCUUCAUUUUUAGUGGAGCUUUCUGAAAAACUGCCUUCCACUGUGUUGCCUUCAGUUUAUCUGGUCAUUGAACUGCUGGAAAGAGAUUCCUACACAUUGCGUAAUGGAGUUCUUGGUAUGAUGGGAGAGAUCAUCACAAAAUAUCUCAGCACAGAUACAGUAGAUGAAAAGCUGCGGGUUACCAGAGAUAUGUUUUUUGAUAAGCUGGAGGACCACAUGCAUGAUACAAAUGCCUUUGUCAGGAGCAAGGUUCUACAGAUAUGGCUAAACAUUGUGACUGAAAAGUGUCUCCCGCUGUUGAGACAAGAGACGGUCAUGACAUUGGCAGUUGGUCGGCUGAAUGACAAGUCCAGUAUUGUCAGGCGUCAUGCCCUACAGUUGAUCACAACCCUCAUCAAAAGUAACCCCUUCGCCUCCAAGUUGCCUGUUGAGGAUCUUAGAACUCACUAUGAAAAAGAAAAGGCACAGUUAGAUGAAAUGGCCCCUAAAGUAGAAAUUCCCGUAACUCCCAGGCCUGUUGAUGAUAAGGUGACUCUGGACUGGCUGACCAUUGAAGAGCAGUUGGUCAAGGGCAUUAAAGCUGCUUUAGCUAGCAUCAAGCUUGAUGAAUUGGCUUCUGUCAUAGGAGAGGAAGACACAUCUGAUGAAGUGCUCGGGAACAUAGUGAAGUACCUAGAAGGUGGGGAAGUAGUAGAAGCCAUCACAUUAACCCUGGCUGCUAUGGAGAGCUUCCCUGAUCUGCCUGUGUUUGUUGAACAUGACAAGAAACCAAGUUCAGAUGAUGAGGCUGAAAGCACUGACAACCAAAUGGACACCAGAAAAAUUUUAUCCUCACUCAAGGAGGUGUUUUUUUGGGUAAAGCGCCCUCUUCCACUUCAAGAAGUAGAUAUUUCAUCAAGUGCUGAAUCUGACCAAAAUAAUUCAGAGCUCACUAAGCAGCAAACACUUGUCCAGUACCUAAAGAAUUCCCUGAGUUUUGCCACCCAAGUGCAGCAGUGCAUCCCCAUCAUCUGCCAACUUCUCGGCUCAAAAAAUACAAGUGAUGUUUUCGAGGCCAUUCAGUUUUUUGUUGCAGCUGUCGAGUUUGGUGUGUCUUCUGCCAUUGUUGGCAUUCGCAGGAUGAUGGUGCUGAUCUGGUCCCAGGAAGCCACAGUUAGGGAGGCUGUUGUCAAUGCUUACAAGUCACUCUAUUUAGAAUCAAAAGAGAAGAAUCAAAAAUCUUUUGCCUCAACAAUUGUUAAAAAUCUGUCAAGCCUGCUGGCAGGGUCAGCUUACAGAGACCUGUUAUCUUUAGAAGCCAUGGUGUGUGAGUUUGUCAAAAGCGGCCAUAUUGGCCAGCAUGUGAUCAAGGCAUUGUGGGAAAGAUUUACCAUGAAAAGUGAGGCUUUCACAGCUCAAGAUGCCAGGUGUGCUGUCCAUCUGAUUGCCAUGUGUGCCCAGGCGGAACCUAACAUUAUAAAAAGUAACGUUGAGGUUCUAAUCCAAGAAGGGUUGGGCCCUCGAGCUGACAAUGACUAUCUUCUAGCCGUAGGAACCUGCCAAGCUUUGCUCAAACUAACAGUUUCAACCAAGGAGAAGGGUAAGCCUGCAGCAGAGCCCCUGCGUUUCCCACAGGAUCAUGAUCUGUUUGAGAGGUUAAAGGCCAUUCUUCUGAAAGGAGUGAAAGACACGAGCAACCAGUUCUGGGUUCCACUGGCCGAACAAGCUUUCACCAUCAUCUACAACCUCUGUGACACGCCUGAUGUUGUUUGUGCUGAUUUGUUGACUCAACUUUUGAAAAUUUUAAAUGAAUGUGCUGAGGUGACAGCACCAAAGACAGAAGGUGAUGAUGAGCCUGAAGUUAAGUCUGAUGUAGUGUCGUGUGUUCUGACAAGAGUUUUGGCGGCCGCUGGCUUAGCUUCUUUCCGUCAGAUGGUGUUUCUCGAGGAUGAUGUGCUGGGGGAGAUGAAAAGAAGGUUGGCAGUCACUGAAGAAAACAAAAAGGGAGCCAACAGAAGAAAAAGCAAAGGAGGGAGUGAUAAGGCGGCUGAAUUAGAAGAAGAUAUGGCAUUAGCUGGUGCAUCUGCUGAAGAUGCAGAAGCUGAAUAUGUGAAAAAAGUAUGCGAGGUUGAAAUUCUUGGAAAUGAAAACUUUUUCAGUGCCUUCCAACCUUUGAUAGAAGGUGUUUGCAGAAACAGUGCCAAGUACAACGACCCAGGUCAUCAAAUAGCAGCAGCUUUUGCCCUCUCCAGGUUCAUGAUUAUUAGCUCCGAGUUCUGUGAAUCCCACUUGCAGCUUCUGUUCACCCUACUAGAGAAGUCUCCCCUUCCAACCAUCAGAGCAAACCUUAUCAUUGCCUUGGGUGAUUUAACCAUUCGCUUCCCGAACUUGGUGGAGCCCUGGACAUCACAUCUGUAUGGCAGGCUCAGAGACGACUCCCCUUUUGUUAGGAAGACAACUUUACAGGUUCUCACACAUUUGAUUCUAAAUGACAUGAUCAAGGUCAAAGGUCAAAUCAGUGAGCUUGCUACUUGUAUUGUUGAUAUGAAUGAAACUGUGUCAGCACUUGCUAAACUUUUCUUUCAUGAGUUUGCUAAGAAGGGCAACUCUAUGUACAACAUGCCCGACAUCAUCUCACGGCUCUCUGACCCAGAUACAGGGGUGGAAGAAAAUCAUUUCCAAAUUAUUAUCAAGUACAUCUUUUCUCAUAUUGAGAAAAGUAAACAUUGUGAAAGUUUAGCUGAGAAACUUUGCCACAGAUUCAGGGGUACACGAACUGACCGGCAAGUCCGAGAUCUUUCCUUUUGUCUGUCACAACUGAGUUACUCAGAGAAAGCAAUUGCCAAGCUUUUAGAGAACUUCCCUUGCUACGCAGACAAGCUGGUUGACAAUGAUGUGUAUGGUCAUUUUUGUCAAAUCAUCAGCAAGUCUAAACAGUUCAUGCGACCAGAAGCAAGAGCAGCUUUGGAGGAGCUUGAAAGUAAGAUAGAACAAGCUCAUACUAAAGGUUUAGAAGAUGGUGAAGUUGUUAUCAAGGCUGCAACUACAAAAACAUCAGUAUGUGUCAAAGGUAAAGGGAGAGGAGCCAAAACACCAGUAAGAAGAAAACAGAAAAAAGUGAAGGAGAGUGAUAGCGAGAACGAAGAAGAUGAAAAUAUUGAAAACAUAAGCCCACUGAAACCCAAGAAAGUGUUGAGAGGUCAGAAAAAGGUGACCAAGGCCAGGUUUACACUGGAUUCCUCUGACGAAGAUGAUGAAGCUUUGUUUGACAUGGGGAAAGAAGGAGAGGUAGAAAGAGAUCUGGACGAUGAUGACAGUUUUGUUACAAAACCAUCUCAGAAAAAAAUCUAAGAAAGGAAAAGUACCACUCACACCUGUCUAAUUGCUUAUCGUCAUUUAGUUUUUCAUUGUACAUUUAAAAAACAUGACUGAUGAAAUUUUUUUAAAUGAAAGGAUUGUGAAAUGGAUUUAUGAAUUUGUAAAUAUUAAGUCAAACUAUCUGGAUAUCAAAAUUGUUAGUUUUCAUGUCACCUACAACGCAUUCAUAUCUACAAGUUGUUCCCACAUACAGAGUAUGUCAUCUUGAAUCUACUAUCAUCCCAUUCUCUUUGCCUUUCUUUCUUUGAACUUCCAUAAUUUUGUACAAUAAAAAUAAGAACAAACUGA